AUGGCUCGAGAAAAUAAUUUCGAAAAUGAUAAUGAUGAUGAUGCCAUGGACAAUACCAUGAAAAGAAAAUUCCCUGAUAACAUAUUAGCAGCAGCUGGUUUAAAAAGACCGCACAAACGUGAUGAUGCAGGCUCCAGUUCGAUUCCUAUAGAUGAUGCUAUUAUUGAAGUAAUUAAUGAUUGGAUAGAGGAGAAUCCGUCGCUGUUAGAAGACUUACAUACUAAACUGGAACAUAUUUACUCGUCUAAGCGACACAAUGGUUUCAACAAGAUUCGUCAAUUUUAGACAUAUAUGUUUAACUUUUAAUACUAUCGACUAUUAAAAAAAGGAAGAAAUUUACUUUAACAUGUACAAAAUAUUUGAAUUGAAUCUUAAUUAAGAUAGUUCACUUUUGAGAAGAAUAUAAAUCAUAGACAUUAUCAUACAUUUCUUUUAUAAUGAUGUCGUGAUUUAGAAACGUAUUCAUGCUCGACGUUAAUCAAAUGAGAAAUAUUCAAAUAUUGUUAGAAGAUGAAGUAACAGUUUUUGUAAAAUAAUUAUUUUAGAAAUGAGAAGAAAAUAAGUGAAUAAAGUUUUGACAAUCGUCGUAGCCAUAAGAAUCAUUUAUAAUCCAUAUGAUAUUUAAUAAAAAAACUGAUUAUAAACAUUGAUGUUGAAAUCAAGUUGUAUAGGAAUAAUAAUUUCCUUCUUUUUUGAAUGAUUCAUUAUUCACAUAGACAUCAAGCUUAUUGUAAAUGCUAAAAUAUUUCGUUUUGAAUCAAUUCAUAUUUUGAAUAGUUAUAUUAGCAUUGUUCAUCUGCCAUAUCAUUGACAAUUCCAUUAUUAAAUCAUUUCAUUUAUUCAAUUUGAAAGAAACAAAUGAAUAAGAUCAUUAACCCGAUUGAAGUCUUAUGGAUGAUUCAGAAAUUAUUUCAUGUUAAACAUAAUAAUUAUUUCGAAGCGUUUCGUUAUCAAGUACAUAAUAUAUUAGAAUAAAAUGUUUAUUCUAUAUAACUCGUAUGUAUGAGUAUUUCUCUUUAUUUUAUGUUAAAUCACUUUGUUUUAUUUUAGAUUUUAUUCUUUUUUUUUUUUUUUAAACAAUAAAUAUAAUUAAUCACUAGAAAUUAACAUAGGUUAUGAUUAAUAAAACGCUCAUUUCUUAUUCUAAUCUUUACAUAAAUUUGUACUAACUAUGCUUCUGUUUUUGAAUUUUAAAUAAAAGAAAAUUAUUCAUUCCACAUAAGAAUGUUCUAUGUUAAUUAUUCCACAAGAAAGAAUUGACGAUUAUUCAAAAAUUAUCAUUCAGAGUGUAGACCAAGUGAACGUAAUCAUAAAUAGUAGACUUAUGCUAGGCUUCCUAUUUUUAGAGCAUAGGAUGUCACUUUGUUUUGGUGAAAGAUAGAAAGCAUGAUGUUUUGGAUAAAGUGUAAAUAAUUUGAUGACAAUACGAAAAGAUGAUGUACAUUUAAGAAGCAAAAAUACAGAUGAUGUUAAAAUAUAAACUCAAAAAUGGACGAUUGGGAAAUACGAAAACGAUAGUUCUAAUCUCUGGUGUAAUUUGACCUCAAAAGAUUUUUUGUGGUGACAAAUUGCGUGGAAAUAUAAAAACUUUCCGCUUCAUAAAAAAAAGCCAAAAUUUGAAUCAAUUGUAUCACCUUGAAAAUAUUACACAUUUUUGGUAGAUUUUUCAUAGCGACCUAAUUAGAAAAAUGAUCAAGGAGUGCAUAAAAAAAUGCGUUGAGUGAUGAAGUGAGUGUAGGUGUAUGCCUAGUUGACAUGAUUCAGAUUUUUUGUUUCGACUAAGGACAUCGUCAAAUGGCUUUUUGAAUAAGAUUCAAUCGUGACAAAUGACGUUUUAAUGAAAUAAGUCCUAAAUGUUACUUUUUAAACCGCUUUGUUUGUUUUUUGUUUCAAAUA